AUUGAAAAACUCCACAAAAAAAAAUGUGAUUUAGCAGUAAAUGGCGUCGCAAGUUGUUUUUUAUCCCGAAUCAAUGUGUUUCUCGCCGUUUUGUGAAAUUGUAAACUAUAUUCACGUUGCCAGUGUGUCAUUUGUUAGUGGCGUGGUUAUUUAAGUGACAAAACCAGCGUAUGUUUUGUUGAUACCAGCGUUGGCUUCUAAACAAUGGCGUCCAGUGGCCCGCUGGGUUCCCAUGUAAAAGUCGGUGAAAAUUGCGAUUAUACUGACGAUUACUUCAGUGGGAAUAGCGAUGCAGACGCCGGCGAAGCUACUAAACGUCGUCGGGUGACGCACGACUAUCGAAAACUUUCGAAACUGGGAUAUGAUCCAACUAUGUCAACCACUUCGAGACAGGGCUGUACAUCGGAACCUAAAGGCAAAAAGCGUAAGCGCAGCGCAGACUCAAACGAGCUCUGCCUCUUUGGCGAUAGCGUCAAGCCCGCCAAGCUCACCAAGAUCUGGCCAGUCUUUGACUCCGGAGGCUACGGCGACGCGGCCAUCCUGACUCUCCACGUCCUACAGAAAACCCCGCCUGUCCACAACCCCCUACUCUUCAAUGAUAGCUUCAGUCUCUCCGCCCUUCAAGACUUCGGCUUGAACUCCUCUUGGAGGCAGACGCAGCUGAAUAAGUCCUUCCCAAACGAUGAAGUCACUAGAAGAGUCUUCGGCUCAGUCUCGAGACAGCUAAGAAUAAUCAACGCGCAUUUCCACCAAUCCAUGUUCAAAUACAAAUACCCAAGAGUGACCCAACAGAAUGUCUUACUUGAAAACACUGUUAGAAGACCAGCGCAUUACAGCUUGACUAUGAAAGCUAUUCGCUUCCAACCGACUCCGAGAAGAGAUUUACCAUGUUAUGGGAAUUUGGAGUUACCGUUUAAAGUGAAACAGGAGGGUGGACCUGCGCCGCAGAUAUUUGUGACGAGCGGGAGAAGUGUUGGUGACAAAGUGGAUGUUAAAGUGAAAGUGGAGGAUAGGGUCAAAGUGGAGGAUAGGGUUAAAGUGGAAAAGGAGAAGGAGAGAGAUAAGGAAAGGGAGAGGGAGAGAUCAUCCCACUCGUCCCGCCACUCGUCGUGCCACCACUGCCGGCGGCGCGCGCGCAUCAAGCGCGCGUCCAUCGGCGUGCAGUGCCGCCGCCCCGCGCCGCCCGCCGCCCUCGCCGACCCCAGGGACGAGAAUCCCACGCUCAAGGGACUCAAGUACCACAGACUAAUGCGGGUAGACACACAUCCAAACGGCGGCGCUAGUGUUGUCUAUUUACACCAGAGGGACGUGGACAUGUUGUCUGCAAGUCAGCAGGAGUCGCUCGCCAAAGAAUUCCUUAAGCUAGUAUUUUCUGAGGACAGCGAAGGCUGGGCGCACCACGUGUGCGGCGUGGUGCGGGGCGCGGCCGGCGCCUUUCCGUGCCUGCUGCGGUACUUGGCCGACACACAUCCCAACCUCACCGUCAAGGCUGGCGUCCUAGCCAGAGCCUCCGACAUAGAGACCACCACCAUCAGCCGGUAUUACCAACAGGUGCAACAAUCGUACUUGGCGGGUACGUUUCGCUGCGGCCCGCUGCACCAGAUCUCACUGGUUGGCACGGUGCAUGAAGAAGUGGGCGGAUACUUUCCGGACAUGUUGCGAAUGCUGGCCGCCAACCCUUUUCUUCAUCUGACAAUGCCGUGGGGUCCGAUGUCUGCAAUAGAAAUGGAGCCCCAGGAAUCUAACGACGGCCCCAUACUGUGGAUCCGGCCCGGCGAGCAACUCGUGCCCACGGCCGAGCUCGGCAAGAGCCCUAUCAAGAAACGACGGGCGGGCAUCAACGAGCUGCGCAACCUGCAGUACCUGCCGCGCUACAGCGAGGCGCGCGAGUUCCUGUUCGAGGACCGCACGCGCGCGCACGCCGACCACGUGGGCCACGGCCUCGACCGCAUCACCACCGCCGCCGUCGGGGUGUUGAAAGCCAUCAGCUGCGGGGGGGACGCGGGCCGCGGCCGCAUCACAAAAGACGUGGUCGCCUUUCACGCGGCCGACUUCAACAAGCUCGUGCAACUGCUCCAACUGGACCUGUACGAGCCGCCUAUCUCGCAGUGCGUCACGUGGCUAGAGGAAGCGAAGCUGAACCAACUACGGCGAGAGGGUGUCCGCUACUCUCGCCUGCCGCUCUGUGACGAUGACAUUUACUUUCUGCCGCGUAACAUCAUCCAUCAGUUCCGGACCGUCUCAGCCGUAACCUCUGUUGCGUGGCACCUGCGGCUGAAGCAGUACUACCCGGCCUCCGAGGCUUCCUCCCCGGCCGAGGCGCCGCCCAUACAGACUGAACCCAAGCAAUCGUCAACAACCAAGCACAAAGCGGGCGUCAUCGAGAUGCGAGCGCUCAGCGCCAAGUUUCAGGAGCAACCAGCCUUGAAGAUAGCGGAGAACAGAAAAAGCACAGAAACUCAAACCAAGACCGAAAAAACAGAAGAGAAGAAGGAGAAAAAAGAAUCUAGAGAGAAGGAGAGAGACAGAAUGGAACGGACCGAUGGAACCGCUAAAGUAGAGCGGUCAGAUGACAAACACAGAAAAGACGACAAGCAUAAAGAACACAAACACGACCAUCAUAGGAGACACUCCUCAUCAAGUCGACACAAGUCGAGCCAUCAUAAGUCCGAGCGUCGGGACAAGUCUAAAGAGCGCAGGAAAGAGAAGGAGCAUAGGAGAGAUGAGAAGAAAGAUAAACAUAAGGAAAAGGAGGUUAAAGGGGAGAUAGUGAAUCGUGCGCCGGACUAGUAGUGUAAGUGCUGAGUUACAAGCCCUUCGUACAAAGGUAUGUACAUGUAAAGUACGGCCACCGGUCGUG